CUUACUAAAUUCUAAUCUUCCUCUUCUCCACAACCUACCUUCCCUUUGUCUUUCUCGUCUGCUCUGAAUUUAGCUUCAACACAGCAAUAUACGCAAAUGACGAUGAAGAAAAUAGUGUUGAAGGUGGAACUACACGGUGAAAGAACCAGGCAAAAGGUCAUGAAAACAACCUCAGGCAUUUCAGGAGUUGAGUCAGUGAACGUGGACAUGAAGGACAAGAAAUUAACUGUAACAGGAGACAUCGACCCAGUUAAGGUGGUGGAAAAGCUAAGGAAGUUGUGUCAUACAGAGAUAGUAUCUGUUGGAGCAGCCAAAGAGUCUGAGAAGAAAGAAGAUAAAAAGAUAAAGAAUAUAGCUAAAAUGAUAGUGCCUCCUCCUUCGAGCUACAGCCAUGUUUAUUAUCCUCCACCUUAUUAUGUUGGAACUGUGGAUGGGUAUCCUAAUAGUGGCUGUGUCAUCUGCUAA